AUGGAAAUGGAGUUGGAUCUUUUGCGGUUCCCUUCUCCAGCUGUCGUGGUCUCUACUGAAAAAACCCUGGCAGUCCCUCAAGUCACAUGGAUCAGUUCCGCGCCAUCACUAUCGAUCAUACAACAGAAGAAACUUCGAAACCCUAACUCAGUCAUAUUCUCAGAAACCGUUCAGAAUGAUUGAUGGUAGUGAUCAUGCAGCAGCAACAGCAACAGCAACAGCAACUGCAACACCAGAAUCCUUCUGCACUGGUGCCGCAACUCAACAAUCCCCAACCCUCCUCCUCCGCCACCGCCACCGCCGCCACCCCUACUUCCCUUAGGUCACCCUCCGCCGCCGCCACCCCGUCCCAGCUCUCGUCGCCCAUCUCCGCCGUUCCCCACCGCCAAGCCCUACUCUCCUCACUUCCCGUGUCAGUCGCGGCGGCUCUCCCUUCCGGAGAGCCUGUUUUGACGGCGGCGCCGACGAGUCCGUUGGUCAGAGUCCGGCUCUCGGACAUUGCCCCCUAUGACGGAGCACCCGCGGGGCCUUAUCUCAGAGCAGUGGAAGCAUUGUGUGGGUCUCUCUUGCGGCACAAUGCUGCGCUGAUCGAAUUAGGGAGCGAAGAUACUGCUCUGAUGCGAUGUAGCUUGGAGGGUGCAAGGUUGUUUUUCAGGAGUAGGGCCCACCUUGGUGUUGGGAAGGGUAGUCGUGGGGUUUACAUGUAUAGGGCAGGAAGGGCAUUGGAGGAUUGGGAUUCUUCUCCCCCCUGCAUGACUGAUAUUUUUAGGUGCAUGGGAAAGGCGUCUCGUUCCGCCCUUUGUGCCAUUGCAAGGCAUUUGCGCCUUCGAAGCGAUGUCUUUAACCAUUUGCUUGAUGAUGCUCCUUUGCCUGCUAAUGAGGUGUCAUCGUCAGUUCUUGUUGUAACCUACUCACAUUCUUCUUUGCAAAAUGGAAAAGGUGCCAUUGGAGGCGGUAAGCCUACUAUGAAUGGUGAAGUUGAGAAGGGACUGUUGACAUUGAUAUCUUCUGACACUCCUGGUCUUCAGGUAUGUGAUCCCAAUGGUCGUUGGUAUCUGGCAGACAGUGGGUCUGGGCCUGGAGAUCUUUUACUGAUAACAGGCAAGGCACUUAGCCAUGCCACUGCAGGCCUACGUCCUGCUGCAUCAUAUAGAGCUUCACCUGAUUAUUUUCUGAAUCCUAAUGGUGGAGGAAGACUCAUGCCACAGGGCAAUGCUAUAUUAGAUUGUUCACCAAUUGCAGCAGCUGGCCAUGUUAUUCCUCAAAAUUAUGUUCCAAUAUCUGUAAGCCAAUUUAUGGAUGACCUUGCUGCUGAAGAACUGACAGGAAGCAGAUGCGAUAGUGCUGAUGUCGCCAUUCAAAACAAUGUGAAUAAGGAGCCAUCGUUGAGAAGUGUUCUAUCAGAUCCUUUGUCUGGUACAUUCCUUGAAGAUGCCAUGCUUGUCUCAUGUGGACAUUCUUUUGGAGGUCUCAUGCUGAGGAGAGUCAUUGAAACGUCAAGAUGUACUCUUUGCAAUGCAGAAAUUGAGACCGGCUCUUUGAUCCCUAAUCUUGCUCUUAGAGCUGCAGCUGCUGCUGUCAAGCAUGAGGACGAUCGAAGGUUAUUUCGUAAUGCUGCUCUCCGAAAGCGACGGAAAGAAAUGGGGGACCAAAUGGAUUCAAUGAGAAGAGUGAACAGGGAAAAUGGAGAUUUUACUGCUGUUGAUGGACUCCAGCGGGGUGUACAAUAUCCAUUUUCAGUAAAUGAGAGAGUCAUUAUUAAGGGUAACAGGAGGACCCCAGAAAAAUUUGUUGGGAAAGAAGCUGUGAUUACGUCUCAGUGUCUCAAUGGCUGGUAUUUGCUCAAGAUUAUUGGAACUGGAGAGAAUGUCCGCCUGCAGUACCGUUCUCUUAGAAAGCCCUUAAACUCACCAGCUAUAGAGGACCAGUGCCCCUCACAGCCAAUUCAAAAUAGCAGCUCUUAAAAUAGAUUCAUUAUAGGUUUUCCUUCUUCCAUUUUUCUUCGAUGUGAAAAAAGGAAACUUUUGAUCCUUCGAAGUAAAGAAUUAACUGUCCUAGUCUUGAUAUUUGAUUGUAAAGAAUUAAGUUGACUGGUCGGGCUCCUUACAGCACGGGAUAGAGGUUUAUGUAACUUGUUUAUCAACGAGGUUAUUCGUGUAGAUGCUAAUGCUAGGUCGGCUUAUAAUCAUUGUAAAGAAAGCAGGCAAAGAAAAAUUAGAUAGCAUGUAAAUUGUAGCUUGCAAUUAGUGAAUUGGAUCACAUAUUUCGUUUGUUUUUCUUUUUGCCAUAAUUCAGUUUUUGUAGAAUGUGUUGCUUCUGCCCUCUUACGAUUUCAUAUUUGUAAACUUGAAGCUGUAAAUGCCAAAUACUGUCUUGAUGAGAAUACAGAACAGAGAACAGCUGCCUUCGUCCUUGUGUUGAUGUACACUGCAAAUUUAUCACCAAAGACAGUUAUUUUAUUUUUC